CCCCAGAGUUCGCUGGCCCAUAAUCCUUAGCUUCUUCCGGCUCCGUACCGCUUCUGUCUGUUUUUCCGGUGGCGAUGGCUGCGGCCGCGGCUGGAAUGCUGCGAGGGGGUCUCCUGCCCCAGGCGGGCCGGCUGCCCACCCUCCAGACUGUCCGCUAUGGCUCAAAGGCCGUAACCCGCCACCGUCGUGUGAUGCACUUUGAACGUCAGAAGCUGAUGGCUGUGACUGAGUAUAUUCCCCCCAAACCUGCCAUCAACCCAAGGUGCCUGCCACCUCCCCCCAGCCCUCCCAAGGAGGAAACAGGCCUCAUCCGGCUCCUCCGUCGGGAGAUAGCAGCAGUUUUCCGAGACAACCGAAUGAUAGCCGUCUGCCAAAAUGUGGCCCUGAGUGCAGAGGACAAACUUGCCAUACGGCACCAGCUGCGGAAACAUAAGAUCUUCAUGAAGGUCUUCCCCAAUGAGGUCCUGAAACCCUUUCUGGAAGAUUCCAAGUACCAAAAUCUGUUGCCUCUUUUUGUGGGACACAACAUGUUGCUGGUCAGCGAAGAGCCCAAGGUCAAGGAGAUGGUGCGCAUCUUAAAGGGUGUGCCUUUCCUACCACUGCUAGGUGGCUGCAUCGAUGAUACCAUUCUCAGCAGACAGGGCUUCAUCAACUACACCAAGCUGCCCAGUCUGUCCCUGAUUCAAGGGGAGCUGGUAGGAGGGCUCGCCUUCCUCAUGGCCCAGACACACUUCUUGCUUCAGCACCAGCCCAUCCAGCUGACGGCCCUGUUGGGUCAGCAUGUCAGACAGCAGCGAGAGGGGGACUCUACCACUUUGGCCAGUGAGAAGCCUGAUCCUCCUGACCCUGUUCCGGACUCUUAGCCAGCCUAUUUUGCCAAGCCAUGCCCAUAAAUAUACUCUGCUCCUGUUGA